AAAGAAAGAGACUGCUGCUACUACUUCACCUCCUUCUUUCAUUUCUUGCUCCUUAUCUUUCUCCCAUCCUUUUGUUUCUUUUUUGCCUUACCUAGCCUAGCUGUUUCCAUGAGAGAUGGGCAACUGUCAAGCCAUAGAUGCUGCUGCUUUGGUCAUACAGCACCCUUGCGGCAAAAUAGAGAGGCUUUAUUGGCCAAUUUCAGCUAGUGAGGUUAUGAGAUUGAACCCUGGUCACUACGUUUCUUUGAUUAUUCCAUUGCCUCCUGUAUCUGGGGAUCAACAUAAAGAUAAUAACCCUGAAAAGAAGACUGUUCAGUUCACUCGUGUCAAGCUUCUCAGGUCUACUGAUACUCUUGCACUUGGCCAUGCUUAUCGCCUUGUUACUACUCAAGAAGUAAUGAAGGUGCUGAGGGCAAAGAGGUAUGCGAAAAUGAAGAGGCAGCAGAAUGAAUCAGUUGAGAAGCCUCAGACGGCAUCGGAGAAGAAGAGUUCAGAUUGUGAGGCAGGAAAUAAGCCUGCUGAUACGGACAAGGAUAAGGAGAGAGAUCAUCAGGCGACCAAGAAUGAAAGACACCGACCAAUGACACCAUCAAUCACCUCUACUGCACUCAGGACAAAGUCAUGGAGCCCCACAUUACAAAGCAUCUCUGAGGCUGCAAGCUGAUGGUGUUUUUAUUGAAAUCGCUCCAGUGGCACAUGAAAAAUUCAGUAGAUUGCUUCCAACAUUUCUGGAGACUACUGCUUAUACACAGCGAAAUAGAUUCAUCACUCCAUCAAAGGAGACGGGUUAACAGAUGUCGAAAGCAUUGUCAAUCAAAGCUACCAGUUUUAAGCCGUUUUCAAGUAAUAAGAAAUCUGUAUAGCUACAAAAAUAGCAAUGGAUCUACCAUUGGGUAACAAGUAAUAUUUUCUAGCCUUCA